UUUUCCUUUCUUCCCGAAAUUUCCCCUAACCCUAACUUGAGUCUCUUUCUGUCUCUCUUUUUUCUCCCUUUCUUCCUUUUCUCCCUUCCUUCUCUUGGACUGGUACGGGUAUACCAGUAUCCCUUGCUCAAUCAACUUCCUCUCCUCUCUCGCCUUUGAUUGAUCGCAAGUAAUCGCCUUCCUCUAAUCUGCCAACCACUCCUUAUAAUUCCUUUAAAAUGUCCUCGACGGCAGCAAACAUUGGGACCCUUGACUUCUCAACCGCUCUGAGCGUCUUAGAGAAGGAAUAUCGGAGAGAUGGCUUAGAUGUCCAUUCUCUCCUUGAUUCCUCCAAACGUGGGGGCUUGACAUACAACGAUUUUCUCAUCCUUCCGGGUUAUAUUGGAUUUCCGGCGUCCGAUGUGACCCUCGAUUCGAAAAUCACUAAGCGGGUUUCGCUCAAGCUUCCAUUGGUUUCUUCUCCAAUGGACACUGUAACUGAGGAACAGAUGGCUAUUUUCAUGGCGCUUCUCGGUGGUGUCGGUGUUAUUCACCACAAUUGCACUGCUGAGGACCAAGCGGAGAUGGUGAGAAAGGUCAAAAAAUACGAGAACGGGUUUAUCUUGGAUCCCGUUGUUAUGAGUCCCAAGAACACUGUCGGAGAUGUUAGAGCGGUCAAAGAAAAGCAAGGAUUUGCUGGAAUUCCAAUCACUGAGGACGGUCAUCUCCACUCAAAGCUUAUCGGUAUCGUCACCAUGCGUGACAUUCAAUUCCAUAGGGACAACUCUACGGCUCUUUCGGAGGUCAUGACCACCGAGCUACUUACCGCUCCGGAAGGGAUUAACUUGUCCGAAGCCAACGAAAUCCUUCGCUCUUCGAAGAAGGGAAAGCUCCCAAUCGUUGACCAGGCUGGUAAUCUCACCGCACUCCUCUCCCGCUCUGAUCUGAUGAAGAACCUUCACUUUCCUCUCGCUUCCAAGCGCCCUUAUAGCAAGCAAUUGCUGUGCGCUGCGGCCAUAGGUACCCGGGAGGAUGACAAGGCUAGACUGAAAAAGCUUGUCGAGGCUGGCUUGGACAUUGUAAUCUUGGAUAGCUCCCAAGGUAACAGCAUGUAUCAAGUUUCUAUGAUCAAGUGGAUCAAGCAGGAGUUCCCCGGCAUUGACGUCAUUGCUGGAAACGUUGUCACCAGAGAACAGGCUGCAAACUUGAUUGCCGCCGGCGCCGACGGUCUUCGUAUUGGUAUGGGAUCUGGGUCAGCCUGCAUCACUCAGGAGGUCAUGGCAGUUGGGCGCCCCCAGGCAGCUGCUGUUCACAGCAUUUGUGAGUUUGCCAGCCGUUUUGGUGUCCCUUGCAUCGCAGACGGAGGCAUUCAGAACGUUGGUCAUAUAGUGAAAGGUCUAGCUCUUGGCGCUAGUACUGUUAUGAUGGGCGGUCUCUUGGCUGGAACGACUGAGUCACCUGGCAAGUACUUCUUGAGUGCUGAGGGUAAGCUUGUUAAAGCCUACCGUGGAAUGGGUAGUAUUGAUGCAAUGGAGAGCAUGAAGACCGGGGAUAAUGCUGCCACUGGAAGAUAUUUCUCUGAGGGUGACAAGAUCCGUGUUGCUCAAGGUGUAAGUGGCUCUGUUUUAGACCGUGGCUCGGUAACGAAGUUUGUCCCAUACCUUCAGGCUGGCCUUCAGCAUUCUUUCCAAGAUAUUGGGGUUCAGAGUAUUUCUGAGCUUCAACAGGGCGUCAAUUACGGUAUUGUCCGUUUCGAAAUCAGAACUGUCUCCGCUCAAGCAGAAGGAAAUGUUCAUGGGUUACACGAUUUCAACAAGAAACUGUACUCCUAGGCUGUGUUUAUCAUUGCUUCUCCAUAAUCACUUCAUUUGGGUUUUACGGUGUAUGUCGGGUUGGGAUCAAAAGUUCAGUAUUUUUUUUUGUUUAGGAUGGAUGAAUAGAAGUGUUAUUCUCAAAA